GAUCAGGCACCUUCACGUCUCUCCGAAUGAGGACAUCAACAUGGCGGCCUCCUUGCGUCUGGGUCGUCAAGGAAUCUUUUUCGGCCUGAAAUUAUCGAACAUUCACAAAUCUUUGAGGAGUACGCAGUCACUUCAGGAGAAAGCCAGGCACUUCUUUCACUCUCCAUGGGUCUUCGGUGUCGCCCCGUUAAACGUGCAAAUGCCUGCUCUCUCACCAACCAUGGAGGAGGGAAACAUUGUCAAAUGGCUGAAGAAAGAAGGUGAGGCAGUGGCAGCAGGCGAUGCCCUUUGUGAAAUUGAGACUGACAAAGCUGUCGUUACGAUGGAAUCUAAUGAUGACGGUAUCUUGGCAAAGAUCGUGAUCGAGGAGGGAAGUCGCAAUGUGCGCCUGGGAACUCUUAUUGCUGUUAUGGUGGAAGAGGGACAGGACUGGAGACAGGUUGAGAUUCCCUCUCCAUCUGCACCCCCACCUGCUACCCAUGAAACUAUUGCCACUGCUGUGCCUCCUCCUGCUUCUUCACCAGCUCCUCCUCCAAAAACAGUCCCAGUAGGAUCGUUACGACUAAGCCCAGCAGCAAGACACAUCCUGGACACUCAUGGCGUUGAUCCAAAAUUGGCCACACCGACUGGACCAAGAGGACUAAUCACUAAAGAAGAUGCAUUAAAUGUUUUGAAGUUGUCCCCGAAGCCAAAAACGACACCCAUUAUUGCUCCACCUUCUCCGGGUCCUGCCCCAGUCGCAUCAGCUAUCCCGCCACCACCAGGCAGCAGACCCAACAUACCUCCUCUUUCUGUACCGGGAAAUCCAGGCACACCGGGCACUUUCACAGAGCAUCCAGCCUCCAAUGUCCGCCGCGUGAUCGCUCAAAGGCUAACACAGUCCAAAACCACCAUCCCCCACGCUUACGCCUCUGUUGACUGUGAUAUGGCUGCAGUAAUGAAGCUUCGUAAAGACUUGGCCAAUGACCAGAUCAAAGUUUCUGUUAAUGAUUUCAUCAUCAAGGCAGCUGCUGUUACGCUUAAAGAGCUACCAGAUGUGAACGUGACAUGGUCAGAUGACGGACCUCGAGCACUUGACUCUAUUCACAUUUCAAUUGCUGUUGCAACUGACAAAGGCCUCAUUACACCCAUCAUCAGAGAUGCUGCAAACAAAGGAGUUCAUGAGAUUUCUACGAACGCAAAGGCAUUGGCCCAAAAGGCUCGAGAUGGCAAACUCUUACCCGAAGAGUACCAGGGAGGCUCAUUCAGUAUAUCCAACCUGGGGAUGUUUGGCAUCAGCGGCUUCAGUGCUGUGAUCAACCCUCCGCAGGCUUGCAUCCUCGCCGUUGGGACCUCCCGGGCCGAAUUAAGUCUGUGUGAGGACAACCAGACCCUGCGUACCCAACAGCUGAUGACCGUCACCUUGUCAAGUGACGGGCGGCUUGUUGAUGACGAACUUGCCUCACGAUUUCUUGAAAGAUUUCGCGCCAACCUAGAGGAACCUCAGCGCAUGGCUUUAGCCUGAAAUAUGCAGACCGCUAAUUACGUGGAUAAAGCAAAGGCACACUUAUGUGACAAAGCCUGCCUCAUUACUCUUCGAGCAAGUGUUAGUAGAGUAGGUGCAGGGUCUCUUUUGUGGUCAUUGGCAGUCACCGGGCUUUGGUGAUGGCAGCGUCAAAUUGAGCUUCUGUUAGUUAUUGAGGAACAUUUGUAACUGCUAUUUUAAGUAGUGCUUCAUCACACCACUUGUGUUUGUGUAUACCUCUUCGAACAGGAUACUUAAAUUUGUCAGUUCUAAUGUGUCUAUGCACUGUUAAAAUCUAUCAAUGUAAUAUAAAUAGCAUUAUCAUUUAAAUGUCCAUCAUUUAAAUUUGUAAUAUUUAUUGCACCCACUUGAGAUGUUUCCUGUUACAUUCAGAAUUUUAUAAUUUAAUGUUGAGAAAAAACAAAAUCACAUUACAGUUAAGUUAAUUUUGAAAUCCCCAUGUGAACAUAUUGCAAUCAGUUUGAAACGAGAUGCUGUACCAUGCAAAUAAAAAGGCCGUUUAUGGACUAUUAAUAUA